GCGAUUCAGUCCUGACGAACGCAAAGGUAUCCGGCUGCAAAAGAUGAACUGGUUCUCCUCCAUCGCUUGAAAUACUCAUGCGCCGUAGAGUAGGCUCACAUUAGGACAUGAAGUCAUCCUCUGAAAGUUUGUUAACUUCGGAUUUUGUUGCUUUUCCCAUGGUUGUGAUGCGCUGCAUUUCCUCAAGGUUAAGGGCCCGUCGAAUCUGGACUUUGCAGGCUCAAUUAGGCGAACAGGUAGCAGGAGCUACGGGGCAAGGACCCAAAAGACCCGUGCUCUGAUCCGGCCAAGAUUUGACUAUGCGCUCAUCUUGCUCUUCCAAAACCCCUCAAAAGCGGAGGCGUGUUCAAGUGUGUAUGAAUCUGAACACAGAGAGACAGAGUUCAGAGACACUGAGCUGCGGCAGAAGGCUACAAGGCGCGAAACUUCUUUGACCGGAACAAAGAGCCCCGACUGUGCCGGUGCCUGCUACCAGUGAUCAUGGUGAAGGAAGAGGAGAUCGUCGCACAGGCAGGAGGGCGAGCCUACAUGGACUUGCUUGGUCUCGGGGAAGAGGACUACUUGCUGUGCCUGUCCCCUUCCUCCUACUUCUCUUCCAGUGUCGUCUCCACGACGACGACCACCACCAGUGCCACUCCUGCUGCGGCGGCGUCUCCUACCUGCGCCUCCUACCUGGACCCGGCUCCCGCUUAUCACCACAUGUUAAGCUUCGCCGGCCAAGAGCAGUACCAUGGUGGUGAUGUCGUCUUUGGCUUCCAGUACCACGGCGGUGAUCAGGCAGCGAUUCCGGUGGCUGUUCCGCAGAAGUCCAGCCCAACCACCGAGUGCUCCUCCUCCAUCUCCUCCAUGUCGUCCUCGCCGCCUGCAACAACAAUCUCGGCCAUCUCCAGCCCAAAGCCACAGGGUUUCAAGAAGAAGGGAUCAAGAAGCAGUGAUCAAAGAAAGGCUGCGCCUGCUGCUGCUGUUGCUCAUGCUGCUACUGCUACUGGUGCUGCUACGAACAAGAGGCACAGGGUGAGGAGGGAGAAGCUCGGGGAGAGGAUCAUAGCUCUGCAGCAGCUGGUUUCUCCAUUCGGAAAGUCUGAUACGGCUUCCGUUCUGCACGAGGCGCUGGGAUACAUACGCUUCCUGCACGACCAGGUUCAGGCCCUGAGCUCGCCGUACAUGCAGCGCCUGCCGGCCUCGGUGCACGCCCCGGCGCAGGAGGGCGCGGCCGGGACGGUGGUGGAGCCGCCGCGGGCGAGCGACCUGCGGAGCCGGGGGCUGUGCCUGGUGCCCAUCUCGUGCACGGAGCACGUCGCCGGCGGCGGGCACGGCCACGGCAACGGCGCCGACCUCUGGUCCGUGGCGGCGCGGGUGGAGAACAAGGGGGCGGCUGCCGGAACGCUGCCUGGCGCUGGUGGCCACCCCGGUUACCUGGCCUAGCUGACUGCGGCAGACUUGCUUUACAGAUUAUGUACGGGGUUAUCGCUCUAAUCAGGUUCUUUUGGGGUUCAUUAAUCAGCUCCCGUACUCCCAUCACCUUUUGCUUAAAGUAAAACUUUUGGGAGGUGGCUGCUGCUGCUUUUGCUGGAAAAGGGCGCAGGGAUCUAGCCAUACAAACCCUAUUUCCGCAGAUGCCACAGCGCAGCAGGCAGGGGGGGGGGGGGGGGGGGUCAAGUGUGUGUAUAUUUUGGAGGAGGUUUUCUUUUAGCUUAGAACUACUCCAUGCUCUUAGUACUGAGCGUCUGAGCUUAGUAGAGAGAAGACAGCGAUGCGACGAUGCCGAGAUCUUUGGCACGAAUGUCUCCGUGGUGUCACGCCUCACGACAGGCAUUGAAUGGAAGUUGCUGCCGCCGAUGAUGCUUGCUUGGGAGCAGUGCUGCGGUGAGGGCUUCGGUAUCUGUUGCAUGCAUGGGGGAUAUCCGGUUUCAUCUGUGCCUGAUCUUGGUAAUCGGUUUGCCGUCCUUGGAAGUUGGAACUGCACGGUGCUUAAUCUACUGUAUUAUCUCUGCCAUUUCUUGCU